AUGCUUUCAGCGAACCUGAGCGGGGAUUGUAGCGAGAUUGACCUGUGCGGGGACGAUGGGGUUUCUUAUCAACAUUUCACCCUCAGCCCCACGGGCCACCUGGUCGCGGCCGUGUGCCUGGGGGCCAUCGGGCUGCUGGGCUUUAGCAGCAACCUCCUGGUGCUGCUCCUCUUCUACCGGUACAAAGUGCUGCGCUCGCCCGUCAACCUGCUGCUCGUCAACAUCUCGCUCAGCGACCUGCUCGUCAGUACCCUGGGCACCCCGUUCAGCUUCGCCGCCAGCACCCAGGGGCACUGGCUCAUCGGGGACGCGGGUUGCGUCUGGUACGGAUUCGCUAAUUCCGUCUUCGGUACUGUAUCAUUAAUAUCUUUGGCUAUAUUGUCAUAUGAUCGUUAUAUUACAAUCACUGGAGCGAUGGAAGCUGACAGGACAAACUACAGCAAAGCCUUUGCUGGGAUUUCAUUUUCUUGGAUCUACUCAUUGAUGUGGACACUGCCCCCUCUGUUCGGAUGGAGUCGCUACGGCCCUGAGGGACCAGGAACCACGUGUUCUGUGAACUGGCACUCAAAAGACGCUGGUAAUGUGUCUUAUAUUGUGUGUCUUUUCAUCUUCUGUCUGGUCAUCCCCUUUCUGGUGAUAGUCUACUGUUAUGGAAAGAUACUGCUGACAGUGAAGCAAGUAGUGAGGAUAAACAAUUCCACAGGACGUGCAAGGGAACACAAGGUGUUGCUCAUGGUGGCUUUGAUGGUGAUCUGUUUCCUGCUCUGCUGGUUACCUUAUGGGAUUGUAGCACUUGUAGCUACUUUUGGACGUCCCGGCUUGGUCUCGCCAACCGCCAGUAUUAUCCCAUCGAUCCUGGCAAAGAGCAGUACUGUCUACAACCCCAUUAUCUAUGUAUUUCUGAACAAACAGUUCUAUAGAUGCUUUAAAGCACUGCUGAUCUGUCAGAAUUCACCCGUUGGUUUAAGCACCAAAAGUCUGUCUAAGAGUACAAAGAAUUAUCGAAGAAAGGACAACACCAGCUUCAUAAAGGCCACUAUUGCUAAACGCACAUCAGUGAAUGAAAACCAAUCUGCUAGCAUUAAAGAAGAUGCAGACAAAGAUCUUUCAUGUGAAGAUUUAAAGCCACCAGUAGCUCUAGUGCUCCAGAUUGCUGAGGAUAAUUUUAGCAUGUCUGCAAUCAUGCAGCUGAAAUCAGCAGAUUAUGAUCAUACCAGAGAUCAAACCUAG